AUGCUUCUCAAUCGUCUAGCUCGUCAGAUAAUCCCAAUUCCACGGAUAAGCAUCAGAAUGGCGUCCACCAUUGUCGGCAAAUCCGGCCGUGUAUACACUCAGCGCGGCGUCCUGCAGGAGCGCAAAGACGCCAGCAUGAGCAUCUUCAAAGCCGAAUCUCACGACAAAUCUUUCGUUCUCAAGCGCGUGUCCAAGCCAUUCUACGACUUGUCGUUACGCCUUGCAGCCGAUCUCCCAGAGUCUCGUCGGCUGCGCAUGCAUACUGAUGUCAGCGAAGACGAAAACGUGCUAAUCUACCCGUACUACCAAGAUACUCUGCUUGGACUGCUCCGGGAAGAUCCAGAGAUCUCAGAUGCAGCACGCAGCAAAAUCUUGCGGGACACAGGAGAAGCCAUUCAAGAACUGCACAGCGAGAACUGGAUCCAUAUUGAUAUCAAGCCCGAUAAUAUACUGCUCAACUGGACGUGCGACGAAGAGGGUACUAAAACAAUCACACACGUUGCUUUAGGGGACUUCGACAUCGCUUUCAAGCUGGAAGCGGGAGCACUGCUCUACACCAGGCAUGCAGUAGGCAACGCUAUGUGGCGCAGUCCUGAAGGCCAGACUGGGAGAGGUUUGUCCAAGGCAUCAGACGUUUACUCAUUCGGGCUUGUUGUAAUGUUCACACAAUGCAUAUACACCCUGGGGGCUGGGGAAUUGCUGCUCAUCAACAACUAUCAAGAGCUCGUCAAGCUGGGCAUAACUCCCGAGCAAGAAAUCCUAACACGGCACUUCUCCUACUUUGGCUCAGCAAACGACGGCCUUCUCCGCCGCAUUUCAAGCGAGAAAUGGGCAAAGGCUUUCAAAUCAGCAUCUCAGAUGGCGGAGUUGGCCGUGCAAGACCAGCCUGAAAUGAGUUUUGAAGUGUGGGGCCAAGAGUUGGGUUUGCAGGCACAGGACAUGAUAUCGCGAAUGACCAAAAUGGAUCCGCUGGCUAGGCCGGAGAUAGACGAUAUCUUGGCGCAUCUGUGGUGGCAGGAAGAGACGGCUGGAUGCAUAGUUGGGGUGGCGACGGGACUUUGUGCGUUUGUGUGUCUUGGAGGGUGA